AGUUCCAGGUACCUAGAUAGGUACCUAGAGUGCUAGUAGGUAUAGGUACCUACGGCCCCCCAAUUACGUCACCAUUCCUUUGGCUAGUAACCACCCGCCUACACCUACCUAUAGGUACCUCCACUAUUCUCACUACUCCCUUUUCUCGAUACAUCUUGAGCUUCUAAAUCGCUGGAAAGGCUCUGGUGAAUACCCCGAGACUCUUUCUGUCAUGUGCAAGAAAUACGAGGUAUUAGCAUAAUGCUUGACCCUGCAGUUGUAGAGCUUCUGAAGCUUGACUCUGAAAACACCAGCGCAUCCUCCGCCGGCGGAGGUGGUUGUAGUUCGGCUUCAACAUACAAGAUUGUGACAAAGCUCAAAGAUGGCUCAAAAAGGUCCUAUUUCAUGAAGACUGGGAGAGGGAAAGAUGCGGCGAUGAUGUUUGAAGGGGAGCAUGCAUCCCUCGAGGCAUUGCACGCCGUCGUGCCUUCGUUAGCCCCACAGUCGUUCGGCCAUGGUCAAUUCUCUGGCCAGCCAUCGACAUACUUUCUAGUGACUGAUUACCUCAAUCUUAAACCUUGCGCAGCAACAAAAGCGUGCGGUCGUUCCCUCGCGUCCAAGCUGGGGGAAUUGCACACUACGCCUGCGCCCAUACCGGAAGGCUAUAGCAAACCCGUAUUUGGAUUCCCAGCCACGACGUGUUGUGGUGAUACUCCUCAGGAUAACAGCUAUCAAAGUUCCUGGGCUGAAUUUUACGCUGAAAAUCGACUGCGGUUUAUCUUGCGACGGUCCGAGGAGUCAAAUGGACCAGACCAGGACCUAAGCGCGCUUGUCGAAGCCACGGCAUCCAAAGUUGUCCCGAGGCUUCUCGGGGAUGACCACCUCAAUGGAGGGAAAGGUGUGGUCCCGGUCGUGGUUCAUGGAGAUCUUUGGAGCGGCAACGCGGGCUUCGGAAUACUCGAUUCGCGGGGAGGAGACCCUGAGCCUGUUGUAUACGACUCAAGCGCAUGUUAUGCGCAUAGCGAGUUUGAACUAGGUAUUAUGAAAAUGUUUGGUGGUUUCGGCGGAAGUUUUCUCGACGAAUAUCAUCAGAUCUGCCCCAGAACGGAACCUGUGGAAGAAUAUGAGGAUCGGGUGCGACUGUACGAGUUGUACCACCACCUCAAUCAUCAUGCUAUAUUUGGCGGCGGUUAUAGAUCGGGAGCCAUCGCUAUCAUGAAGAGUCUGGUGCAAAAGUAUGGAAAAGAUUAGGUGAAUUAGGCACUUGCGGGUAAUCAUGAGUACGAGUGAGUAGUUUCAAGUACGAGUCGCUAUUUGAUGAUCUGACUAAAUGGUACGAGGGUAUUUAGUUAGUACCUUGUAUGAGUAAUUCUUAGUCGUCCUCAGAGCAGGUGGUGCACUUAAGUCUUGAGGUAUCCAUAGCGCACAGUAUUUGGUUUGAAUGGCUAGAGAAUCGUUAUAAGUGACUGGGAGGUAUUCACCUACUAUAUGAGUAUUCCCUACCUACCAGACUACCUAUCUAAGAUAGGAGUAGGAGCAGAACUGGUGAUUAACUUUAGUG